GCCCCGCGCCGCCGUCCCCGGAAGUGGCCUCGCCUCCGCGGCGGCGGCGGUGAGUGGGCGCCCGGGGCGCGCGGGUGGCGGCCGCCGCGCGAGGGGCAGGGCGGGCCGGGCGCGCCGCCAUGGCCGGGAGUCAGGACGUGUUCGACGCCAUCGUGAUGGCGGACGAGAGGUUUCAUGGGGAAGGAUAUCAGGAAGGCUACGAAGAAGGCAGUAGCUUGGGUAUAAUUGAAGGAAGACGGUACGGCACGUUACGUGGAGCCGAAAUUGGGUCCGAGAUUGGGUGCUACCAGGGGUUUGCUUUCGCUUGGCGAUGUCUCCUGCACAGUUGUGCCACCGAGAAAGACAGCAAAAAGAUGAAGGCCUUAGAAUCGUUGAUCGGAAUGAUUCAGAAGUUCCCUUACGACGACCCUACCUAUGAUAAACUUCACGAAGACUUAGACAGAAUUAGAGGGAAAUUCAAACAGCUUUGUUCACUACUGAAUGUUCAGCCGGACUUUAAAAUUAGUGCGGAAGGUUCUGGACUUUCAUUUUGAGGAUGACAGAUGAACAAAGACGAAACAUCAAGGAACAGAUGUCCAUAGCCUGGGAGGGGGCUGGUGGAGCGUGGGCCGGGAACCAGUCCCGAGCCGCCUGCAAAGACACUGACCAGCCGCUCUCCAGGGCUCCACCCUGGGGUCCCAGCGGCCCCUCCCACCGCAUGCCCCCGUCUGGACUUCCUUCCUCCCAGCCGAGAGCAUCACUUACUCCCUCUGGGUCACCGGGGGACCUCUGGCAAUGUUGGGUUCUGGCUGUGACACCUGGGGACUGUCCCGCCAUCUGUUGGGAAGAGGCCAGGGACGCGGCUAAAUACCGCACAGUGCACAGGGCGGCCCCCCCCCCCCCCACGACAGAGGAGGACCCGGCCCCAGGUGUGGACGGCUCCAAGGUGCGAACCCCCGCGCCCAGUCCGGGAACCGGCCGCUUGGGCACCUGUUCGUCAGCACCGGGCCCCCCCCCGGCCCUGGCUCCCUGCCCACCCCAGGAAACAGACAGACACGGCACCGGGGUUUUACCAAUUUUAUUUCUAGACUUUUCACGUUUGUCUUUUGUUUUCUGCUGGCAACGUGCCGGUUACACGUCUGUGCUGGGAAACGCCGCAGGGUGCAACCGAAAUACACACAGACCACAGCUGCCCACCCACCAAGAGACCCUCACAGACUUGCUGGUCACAGGACAGACUCCGCUGUGCUCCCCGGACCGGCCACGGCCUUUGAGCACACACGACGUUCACACCCCCCCCACCAGGACAGACCGUCCCUCAAGGGCCCCGUUUGGUUCAGACACAGAGAUGCCGCAGCCACAAGGGUUGAGGUAAGCGGAGGCAGUGCUCCUGCAGGGGCGGGGCGGGGCGGGGCGGGUUCGGGGCCUGCCAAUGGCCUGGGAGCACACAGGCUGACCCCGCUGGGGCAGGGGCCGCAGAUGGUGCAAAUCCUUGGAGUCGAGCAGCGUGCCAGGCGACAUGGGAACACGGCGCUGUUAGCUGGCCUCACUGAGGCUUGGAGUCCUUUGACAUUAGCAUCACGCUGUACUGAAGAGAGCAACACACAGAAAACGCGGGCACAGAAUGACAGAUGCCACACGGCCGGAGCUGUAACCCGGUCCCGAAGCCGCUCUGAGCGUCCAGAGUGACGGAGCCCCGCAGCACAGCACCACGCGGCACGUCAGGACACACUCGUCACGAUAAUUAUAAUAAUGCAACUUUCAUAGCUACACGCAAAGAACGACACGGCUGUAAAAACCACAGUGGUGGUACGUCCCAGGUCAGGAGGACAGCCCAGCAUCACAGGCGCAGGGAGGAGGAGGCGGACGUGACCCGGGCCUCGGGGAUGCCGGGCUGCGCGCACGAACGCGGCCCGGAGCCCAUCCCGCCGGGCCCGUUUGGGGAUCCCGUCUGCGUGUCUGUUUGCCGAAGCAGGAGGCCGCGGGCCAGACGGGGCCUGACCGCCUGGUCUACACAUGGCUAAGAGAAGCAUGAGGUAUCGUGAAACAGGAACCUUUUUGGAAUAGAGCAGUAAUCACAUUAAGUCAAAAUUGAUCACAUAAAAAAAAAAAAUCUACAAAAAAAAAAAGGCAUCCUUAAUACAUUUUUCUA